CGGAGUUCUGACAACAUGGCAGACACUGACAACAAAGAACAGUAUGAAAUUGAUCAAGAUUUUGAUGAUGUUGAAGAAGAAACAACUGGUGAAGAAACAAAAGUCAAAGUGUGUUAACUGACUGUCCAGAUGAUGCAAAAUCCUCAGAUUCUUGCAGCCCUUCAAGAAAGACAUGAUGGUCUGGUAAAAAUACCAACAGGAUACAUUGAAAGUUUGCCUAGGAUAGUUAAAAGACGAGUAAAUGCUCUCAAAAACCUUCAAGUUAAAUGUACACAGAUAGAAGCCAAAUUCUAAGAAGAAGUUCAUGAUCUUGAAAGGAAGUAUGUUGUUAUCUAUCAGCCUCUAUUUGAUGAGCCAUUUGAGAUUAUUAAUGCAAUUUAUGAUCCUACAGAAGAAGAUGAAUGGAAACCAGAUGAAGAAGAUAAAAUUUCAGAGGAGCUGAAAGAAAAGUCCCAGGUUGAAGAGAGAGAAAAAAAAGAUGAAGAAAAAGGAGACCCCAAAGGAAUUCCUGAAUCAAUGACUGUUUUUAAGAAUAUUGACUUACUCAGUGAUACGGUUCAGGAACAUAAUGAACCUAUUCUGAAGCACUUGAAAGACAUUAAAGUGAAGUUCUCAGAUGCUGGCUAGCCUUUGAGUUUUGUCUUAGAACCUCACUUUAAAUCCAAUGACUACUUCACCAAUGAAGUGUUGACAAAGACAUACAGGAUGAGGUCAGAACCAAAUGAUUCUGAUCCCUUUUCUUCCAAUGAACCAGAAAUUAUGCAUUGUACAGGAUGCCAGAUAGAUUGGAAAAAAGGAAAGAAUGUCACUUUGAAAAUCAUUAAGAAGAAGCAGAAACAAGGAAAUAGGACAGUUCAUAUUGUGACUAAAACAGUUUCUAAACUCUUUAAUUUUUUUGCCCCUUCUGAAGUUCCUGAGAGUAGAGAUCUGGAUAGUGAUGCUGAAGCUAUCUUGGCCACAGAUUUUGAAGUUGGUCACUUUUUACAUGGGCGUAUAAUCCCAAGAUCAGUUUAGUUUCCUGGAGAAGCUAUUGAAGACCAUGAUGAUGAUGAUGAUGAAGAAGUCGAAGAAGUGGAUGAGGAAGGGGAAGAAGAAGAAGAUGAGGAAAAUGAUCCAGACUCUAACCCAAAACCUAGCAGAGUACAAACCCAAUGA